CGUUGUUCACUGCUGCUCUUUAGAGUAAUUUAGGCUAGAGUUUCGUUUCGGUAGUAAAUAUUUUAUAUUAUAUUUUACAGUUACGUAUUUGUGUAGGAAGAUUGUUAUUUGAUAGAUAGAUUUAUAUCUCGUGAUCUCGUUAUCCCUAGACCUAGACGUUAUCUACAAUAUUAUUAUGGCGUUUAUAAUUCCAGAUAGUAUAUUAGAGACAUUACUUUGCAGUUUUUGUCAUAAAUAUUUAUCGGUGAAACCCAUAAAAGUUUAUCCAAACAGGCUUAUACAGUGUGGGAGAUGUGUUGAUAAUAAGGAACAAUCAAACCACAAAUCCGGAGGGGCAGAAUCACUAUAUGGAAUUAUUGCCGAAAACAUUUUAUUUAAAUGUGUUAACAAAUUUGAUGGUUGCCGAAAAUUAUUAAAAUAUUCUGGGGUGUGGCAUCACGAACAGGUGUGCUUGGAAAAAAUUCACAAGUGUCCUAUUUGUUCUGAAGAAAUCACAAGUUUUCUAAUGAUGCGACACUUUCAUUCCCACCACAAGGAUGCCAUAUUGGACUAUCCAGCACUUGUUUUCAACUUAAAUGACCAUUUACAAAUACCUCGUGCUUAUAUAUACCAAGAAGAAGAUAAUUUGUUUUUUCUGUAUAUUAGCUAUAGUAAGUCAGAAAAUGCAAUAAAAUUAGAUUUUGUUUAUAUGGGCAGCUAUGAACGCGCUAAAAAUAUAUACCAUCAAUUUACCGUAAGUAGUGAAAACAAAGAAUUUGAUAUUGUAUUGAACCAAAAAUCAUGUACUAAUGAUAUUGUUGUUGUGGAUAUAUCACGUAUGUCUAAUAUAUUACUAAUUAAAUUUAAAUUGAUUGAUCGCAAUCAAAAGAUUUUGACGAUACUAGGUAUUACUACUACUGCUGUGAUAAAACCUACACCCAAAAAUGAUCCACAAGGGAACCAAAUUGUAAAAUACCGAUCAGAAUUAAAUCUACAAUGUAUUAUAUGCCAAGAAUAUUGCAUUUUUUCAUUGUCUAAUUGUCCAAUUCAGACUUGCUAUAUCGACAAUCACAAUAAUUAUGUAUGCUACUAUUGCUAUCAGUGGUUCAAAUAUAAUGGAAAAUCUGGUCUAUAUUUUAAAAGACUAAUUCCUGAUGAAAUAAUUUAUAUAAUGAAGUUUUUCAAAUGGAAUUGUAGUAAUUGUUGUAUGGAUAUUAAAUUUCCAAAUAUGACAUCACAUGAAAUAAAGUGUAAACUGGGUAGACAAUUUAGUUGCCCUAUAAAAAAUUGUUGUAAAAAAGGAACUACUCACCAAAUGAUCGAACAUUUGAAAGUUCAUAAUUGUUUGGCAUUUUCGUCUCACUUUAAACUAUCUUUAAAUAUUUUAAGCUGCUAUGUGUUUGUAAACGAGUAUAUUGUAUAUUUAGAUUUAUCUUGUUCAGGAUCGGAAAAUUCUGUUAGGACAUAUAAUAUUCAGGUGGAACUAGUAACAAAAACUGACAAUUAUGAAAAAGAAACAACAAUGCAACCAUAUGUUCUGAUUUUUGACACCAACAAUGAACUUAUUAAUAAUUUGUCUGUAUAUAAUAAUGAAAUAUUUGUAAAAGUUAUUGUAAUCUAAUUAAACUAAAUAGUCUUCGUUGAACGUUACUGACUGUAUACCAUUAAUCACAAAAAAAUUUAUUGAAAAUCCUUCAUAAAAGGUAGGUAUAUACAGUGAUGAGCGUGCUAAUACCCGACAAAAUAACGCAAAAGAUGGAAAACAUAAUGCAUUGUGAAAUCAAAAGAAAUGAAACUAUGGUCUGUUUUUAAACCAAGAGGAGUAAUUCAAAUUUACCGCGCCAUAAUGCUUGUUUGUCAUUGGUCCAACCUCAGGCAAGUUUACUCCACUGUUACGAAAUUUUGACACUAAUAACAUUUAUGAAAUUUUGACACAACUGGCAUUUCAUGGGUUAAUUAAGUUAUAUCGCCGAUUUUUUGUGUUUUCUGCGUUAUUCCUUUAAUUUUUAAAUUUGUAGCCCACUUUUAUAUAAAAAGCAGUUGUUUUUAGAACUAUUUAGCGACGUAUUAAUAUAUCAUAAGUAUGGAUUACCGUCGAAUGCCGACAUGAUCAACAAAAAAAGAAGAUGUAUUUGGUGAUUUUUCUAGUGACUUUCUUGGGUGUUAUUCUUUUUAGUUUACUCCUCCUGGUUUAAAAACAAACCAAAGUAGAGGGGGAAAUUAUCGAUAUAAACGUAUAAAUUAGCAUUACAUUCCAUAGUUGCACAUUUAGACGUAUCAGAGGAGUAUGACAACUGUCACUGUGACAAGAGAAUUUUUAUAAAAUACUCCUGUCACAGAUGUCUAAAGGUGAAAAACUAUGUAAUGUAAUGUUAAUUUAAACGUUUAUAUCGAUAAUUUCCAAUUCUACUGGUUUUAUCUCUUUUUAUUUCAAAAUGUAUUGGCGAUCUUAAGUCAUAAUGACGACCUCUCGUGAAUUUCGGCAGAACUAAAAUUGAGGGUGUUUUUCUUCUUUUUUUUUAUUGGCCUACUAUAGUGCACGGUUAUUAGACAUUUACUACGGUUGUCUUGUCCGACGGUGGUGGGAGACUUAAAUUUUUGACUUUACGUCACAAGAAUAGGUACACAAUCUCAUAUUUUUAAAUGAUUUUCGUCCAUUGAAUGUGUAUUAUUGUGUAUGUAUGUGUAUUAUUUGUGUUAUUAUUUAUCUUAUAUAUCCUAGUUUAUAUUUUUGUAUUUGUAAUUUUGGUGUUGUUUCCCGUAAAAACUUAGUUUUAAUUAUUCAUGAAGUUAUUUAUUAUAUGUAGUUGUACAUCCUACCUAUUGUAGGAGCUUAAGAGGAUCGGUACGUAUUUUCGGCUGCAAUGCUAUUCAAAUGGGGAUUCAUUUUUUUCGAAUCCUGAGAAAACUAAUAAGUAUUUUUGAAAAAUUUAAACGCAAAAUGAAAGAUUACGUUAUUAGCGAGGGCGGAAAGUCCCAGAGAACUUCUAUAAUGUUUAUUUUAAUUAGUUACAGGGGUGAAAAACUAGGAGAAAAUGUAGUGUGAUUUUUAAUUUCAAAUAUCUCAUUCGAAAGAAACUUCUUAUAUAUUUUAAGGGACUUUCGGCCCUCGAUAAUAAUUAUGUCUUUCAUUUUGUGUUUAAACUUUUUAAAAAUAUUUAUUAGUUUUUUCAGGAUUCGAAAAAAAUGGACACCAUGUCCGUGGAAAUCGAACAUUCGCUAUCUUUGUCAUACAACGCACUCAGUCGAAUAUAAUGUUAUGACAAGACUCAAGACAGUGACAAGUAGAGAUGUGUCCGACCCGCUAUUUUGAUAUAGCAGUUCAUUCUCCUACUGCUUUUUAACGCUUUUACGAUGAUAAUAAAAUCAAUCAAAGAGUUGUUUAUUAAAUAGUAUUGAUAGUGUAUUUGAAAAAUAAUAAUUGAUUUAAGGCGUAAAAUUAAUAAAAAGUUAUUUAUUGUUUAUAUAUUAUUUAUGGAUAAUCCAAGUCUUUCAAAUCAUUAAAGUUCAAAUAAAGGUAUCAUUUUAUAAGAGUUUGUUCC